CGCGUAUUGAACAGUUGCCCGACCCAUUGGCGGACUUGAUCGUGGGGUGUGCAUGACCACUCAGUCUUGGUCCCCACCCGCCAGCUUCAGCCCACGACGUCUCUCACGACCAUACCAUCCCUACCUGAUAUACUUCCACAACCGGAAUCAUGGUGCUACUAGGUGCAAAGAGACCGCCGUCGCGGAAGGGCUCCAUGGCGGACAUGCCCCGGGACCUGAAGGACCAGAUUGACAAGCUGGAAGAGCUGUUUGUCGUGUCCACGGACAAGCUGAAGAAGAUCUCUGAUCACUUUGUUGGAGAGCUGGUCAAGGGGCUGUCGGUCGAGGGCGGAAGCAUUCCCAUGAUCCCGACCUGGUGCAUGGCCUUCCCCGAUGGCAAUGAGACGGGCAGCUAUCUUGCGCUCGACAUGGGUGGCACCAACCUGCGUGUUUGCGAAGUCACCCUGACUGAAGAGAAGGGCGAGUUUGAGAUUAUACAGUCCAAGUACCGUAUGCCUGAAGAGCUGAAGACUGGAACUUCCGAGGAGCUGUGGGGCUACGUCGCCGACUGCCUGCAGCAAUUCAUUGAAUACCACCAUGACGGCGAGGAGCUCGAUCAUCUGCCUCUCGGAUUCACCUUUUCGUACCCCGUCUCACAAGACGCCAUUGAUCACGGUGUCCUGCAGCGAUGGACCAAGGGCUUCGAUGUACACGGCAUGGAAGGCGUAGACGUUGUGCCAGGUUUCAAGAAGGCCCUAGAGGAGCGUGGUGUGCCUAUCAAGCUCGCGGCGCUGGUCAACGACACGACCGGUACUAUGAUUGCGUCGGCAUACACCAACACUAGCAUCAAGAUUGGUUGCAUCUUCGGUACAGGCUGCAACGCUGCGUACAUGGAGGAAUGCGGUGCCAUUCCCAAGCUCCAGCACAUGAAACUAGACCCAAGUCUGCCAAUGGCCAUCAAUUGCGAAUGGGGUGCAUUCGACAAUGAACACCAGGUCCUGCCACGGACAAAAUACGAUGUCAUUGUUGACAAGGAGUCGCCUCGGCCCGGCCAGCAGUCGUUCGAGAAGAUGGUUGCAGGUCUGUACCUUGGUGAGAUUUUCCGUCUGGUUCUCCAGGAUCUCCACAAGGGCUCCGAAUGCUCCAUGUUCGAAGGCCAGAACGCCAGCAAGCUUGACAAGCCAUACUCGCUUGACGCUGGAUUUCUGUCUCAGAUUGAAGAGGACCGCUUCGAAAACUUGCAAGAUACGGCCGAUUUGUUCCAGGAGAAGCUUGGUAUCACAUGCACCAAGCCCGAACUCGAGCUCAUUCGCCGCCUUGCUGAGCUCAUUGGUACGCGCGCUGCUCGUCUGACUGCCUGCGGUGUCUCUGCUAUCUGCAAGCACAAGAAGUGGGAUGAAGUACAUGUCGGUGCUGACGGCUCCGUCUUCACCAAGUACCCUCACUUCAAGAUCCGACAGGCUCAAGCGCUCAAGGAGAUUAUGGACUGGCCUGCCAAGUAUGGCAAGGGCAAGGGCGACCCCAUCGAAGUGCUGCCUGCUGAGGACGGUUCUGGUGUUGGUGCUGCAUUGAUUGCUGCGCUUACCGUCAAGCGUGCGCAACAAGGACAGUUGGCUGGUAUCCGGGAUCAGGAGACGCUGCUUGCCAUGGGAAAGAAUAUCAAGAAGAAAUAAAUUCGGGACCUACGUUCAGUAAUCUGAUUAGAAGAAAUUUAAACAAGAACACGAUUAUGAGGUGUUUUGUUCAGAUGUUGUGGUGGCUUGUUGAGGGGACCCAUGUGAUGUCAUUUAUGCAGAUAAUAGGUAGUGUAAUCAAG